CAUUGGACGCGCACCCGGCGAAUGCACAGCGCUAUCACGGCUCUAUCUUCAACUUUAUUACCAUUACCAAGGACCCACCUAAUGGAGGACUUACCUCUAAGAUUACUAUAGAUUAUGUAAGAAAAAAACAUUUGUAUUAUGGUGUGUAGUACUCAGAUUUACCACAAGUGACGUACACGUAGAGCUAUCAAGGAUUACAGAAGAAGUUCACAGACAAGGUUGAUUGGAUGCCAGCCUGAGUUUUCACACGUGCCAAGACGCGUGCUAAAAGGAACGUUUAUGUGACUGGCUGCUUAAUUGCUACGUGCUUAAUGGGGCAUAUACAUUGUACCCACGGUUGUAAUUAAUUCUGGAGAUCAAAUCACAGCCAUGGUAACCCGGGACUCAACAGAAACGUCUCCUUUGCUCUCUACUAGUACCGAGCGAAAGGCAAGACUAAACGAGAGCGACCAAGACAAUUGCUUCAAAAGUGAUGGCUCGGCUGUGCCAGGGGACCCGGCCUUCGAUGGGAAAAGCAGCAGUUACAAGUACACCAGCCGUCAGAAACGAGUGCUGGUGCAGAUGGGGCUGGCCAACUUCUGCCACACGGUCUGUUUCUCACUCAUCGCUCCCUUCUUCCCCGGCGAGGCAGAAAAGAAGGGCGCGACAGAAUCGCAAAUAGGAUUCAUCUUUAGUGUAUUUGAACUCGUGAUGUUCAUAUGCUCUCCCAUCUACGGACGAUACGUGAGUGGCAGUCACUAUUCACAUUGUAUAUGUGAAAGUGAGGGGUUUCUGAACCUGGCGCCCAACGGGUCGGUGUUCGUCAGCCUCUGCUUUGCCGUUCGCAUAGCCGAGUCGAUCGCCGCGACCGCCUUCGUCACCGCCUCGUUCUCGAUCAUCGCUAACGAGUUUCCCGGCCGCGUCGCGACCGUGUUUGGCCUGCUUGAGACAUUUACCGGGUUAGGCUUGAUGGUCGGUCCACCAAUUGGAGGCCUGCUCUACGGGGCCGGAGGAUUUCUGUUGCCAUUUCUGUGCCUGGGGUGCAUAUUACUUACGUGUGCUGCUGUCAGUAUAUUCUUGCUACCCCACCAGAACGAUGAGAUAGAUCAAAAGAAUACUUCGAAAAAAACCUUCCGGGAACUGUUGGCGGUGCCCAGUGUCGUGCUAUCUGGUAUCACAUUAGGCACCGCCGCCCUCACGAUUAGCUUUAUCGAGCCCUUGCUAGCAAACGACCUUCUAUACAAGAGUAAAAAUGAACCAGCCCACCAGCUUCCCACCUCAGGUCUGAGCUUCCUGAAGAUGCUCGCACUUCCCACCGUCUUUAUCUCCGGCGUAACGAUAUCGGCCGCCGCCAUGACGAUAACGUCGGUCGAGCCGUUUCUGCAGUCGCAUCUCAGUCAGUUUGGGUUCGGACCGGAGUUGGUCGGCCUCAUCUUCCUCUGCAUGUCGGGAGUGUACACAUUCAGUGCGCCGUUCUGGGGCUACCUGAGCGAUAAAUACGCGCACGCGAAGUGGUUUAUGUCAGCCGGAUGCGUGGCGUGUUUCAUCGGAACGAUCUUCAUCGGUCCGUCGCCCAUCUUCAACCUACCCUCGUCGGUCUGGAUCACAGUGAUGUCACUGUGCUUCAUGGGCGUGGGCGUGGGACUGCAGCUGGUCCCUCCAUUCAAGGACUGCCUCGUGCAGGCACUCGAUCACGGAUUCCCAGACAACUUUGAGACGUAUGGCUUAGUGUCGGGCCUGUUUGGAUCCUGCUUCUCGUUUGGGGCAUUCUUUGGCCCAUCCGUUGGUGGUAUUCUGGUACAAACUAUUGGAUUUGGCUGGACUGGUACCUGUGUUUCAGUCGUGCACCUUGUACUGCUGAUAGUGCUGCUGCUAUUCAUCCUGGUUCAGUGGAGGAAAGACCGGAAGAAGGCCUGCGCCGAGGAGAAGCUUACCGAUGACGAGCGAGCGAUCGUCGUCGACAGCCUGUCGGCCAGCGGCAGAAUGCGCUCCAAGUCCAUCAUCGAGGCAAGAAGCGGCGCCAUCGUCUAUCGAAGAUUCAACUCUUGCAGCAAUUCCGUUACGGUGGAGUAACGGAGUAUACGCGCGUCGGCGUGAGCGAUGGAUGCAACGGCCUCGGAUGUAUCGUCGCUAGGUUGACGAAGCUGGACCAGUUUGUACGGGUUUUUUUUCUCACGCGCGCGUGCCGGAUCGACUCUGUGGUACUUUGUUGCCUAGGAAUAUUUUCAGGAUGCAUUCAUCGCAGUAACGAUCGGUUGGCGCUAUCGGUCAAUCAUUCCGGAAAGGUAGUUUGAUGUACUUGCGAUCUGGAUGUACGCUCGUCAGUGCAUGGCUGUUGCAAGGGUCAGCAGUGCAGUCGUGAGGGUUUUACGCCGCUCGUGCUGACGACGCAUUGUCACCUCCGUGAGCGCCACCUGGUGUCUGAUUUCACGGAUUGAUGCACCUGCUGGGCGACGGAAUCGUGGCGCGUGCAACAAUAAACGAUUUCCGUGUUUGUCGGAAAAAUUUCUUUCCUUGGCAGCAUUAACCAAACCCGAAUCAUUCCGUUCUCGUGUAGCGACUUUGAAGGUUAAAAGGUCGACAGUGUGUGUGGUGCUGUCGAUGGAGCAACAGGGUUAAUUUUAAUGAGCAUUACUUAAAGCAUGACGUGUGCGCUGCUUGGCAGUGAUGUUUGAGGUGCUGAAAGCAUUUUGGAAAUGAUAUAACUUUUGCUUGUAUAUUAUGUGUAACGGAUCAUUUUACAAAUUUGAAACGUUUCCCGUACCACCAUUAUCAUGUUGUAGGCGCUAUUCUUGUGAAUGUGAUGACAAUUCAUGUGAUUGUGAGCUGUUAUGUUCGUAUUGAUGGUUCGUGGAAAAUGUGCUCUGUCAGAUUGUGCUUAAAAUUCUGGUCAGAAUGUUUCGUGUCUCACUUUGAUAUAUUGUUUCCCGGUCGCCGUGCUGAAGCCGGUCAUUGCCGCUAAAAAUGGCAAAAACAGAUAUGUGAUUUUUUAUCUAUAUAUGAACGUUUUAACAGGUAUAAAUGGCAAUUAUUAUACUUAACCUGUUGUGGUAACAUCACUGAUAAUAUUUGUGUAAAAAAAUAUAUGUGAUAGCAAGAUAUACGGUGCAUCAAUCCAAACGAUUAUAUCAAACCUAUGCCCCUGCGAUUUUUGCUUAUUACUAAACGAUCAUGGCAAUUACUAUACGUAGAAAAAUCAAGCAGUUACCAUGUGUAAAAAAUGUGUGAUAACAAGUUAUAUCGUAGGUAAGUAGUCUAAAAGCUUGAAUCCAAGCUAUAUCCGCACGUGUUUACGGUUUUGUAUACAGUCUAAUAGCGUCAUUAUGGUGUGUUUUUUUCACGGUUGUCACUCUCUGGAAUAUAUUGAUACACAGAUGUAUUUUAUACAUUCCACUCUGCUAUUUUAUAUGCUGCACUAUAUUCUAUACAGUUGUUAAAGAGGAAUAAAAUUAGUACUGUGAUGAAAAAACCA